UGCAUGUGAUGCGCUCGUAUUUAAGCUGGAUAAAUGAACAGCCCAAAUAUUACUGCAAACUAAAACGGCAUAUACAAGUUGUUAAAUAUGUCUUUGGUAUAUCGUUUUAUAUUCUGUGCGCUCUUCGUGAGUACGCAAGCAGAGAAUGCAAGCAGAUCUCCUGGUUUUGGUUAUUUAUUCAUAAAUGGCUCGCUUCCACCAUUCUGCUACGAUAUGAAACCAAACGACGUUUGUCCGCCAAAUUUGGUGAAUUAUAAAAUUGUGGGUUUCAACCGAAGCACGGAAGCGGCCGCCAAAUUAGAGCUGACAAGUGUGCAUCUCGGGCUUGAAGCACUAAAUUUUUUUCAAGUCAGUGAAUCCUGUCGAGAUAGCUAUCGCGAAUAUUUGUGUUCGGACACUUUUGCCGUUUGUACACCAGACAGCAAACACGGCGUGAUCCUGAAGUAUGAUUAUGAGAGAAGCAAAGCUGCUUGCGAUUCGGUUAGAUCAAACUGUCCAGGAGCAGUAACAUCAUAUUUUGUCCAAAACUGCACCAUGAUACAUAAAGACGCUAGCGGAUAUGGCUAUUGUACAAAGCUUCCUGAGGUGCAAGGUGAUAUUUGCCCGAAGACAAGUUAUACGUAUCCUGCAGCAAUAGGACCCCUUUACAAGCUAUCAGCAAAGAGAUUUCCUGAAGUUCUGAAGAGCUUAGAGCAAGCAAAACUCUUUGCAAAUUCUACUUGCGAAGAGGAGUUUGUUAAUGUUUAUUGUCAGCUGAUCCGCAGCAGCCUCUGCUCAACAGAUAUGACUUUACGUAUGUUCGCCAUCAGCCAACAGGAGUGUUCUGCAACCUUUACAAAAUGUUUAACAAAUACAGUUCCUAAAUUGAAAAAUUAUUUCCUGGACACGUGCAAUAUAUUCCCGGAUGGUAACACCGCCGAAAGAGUUCCACUACCCUCAGCUGGCACCAACUGGAUUGGUUAUUAGAAGCUGUUUAUCAUGAUCAGCGUCGAUUAACGUGAUUAGUCAAAAUAUGCACGACUAUAAGAGAGAACAUUAUUAAUCACAUAGGAUAUAUAAUGCCAUAGAAAUUCCAGUUAAACUUUAAAUUGAAAAAUUUCAUUAAAGCCCCGUUUACACUACACUCAAUUUAUCGACACGGCACGGCUAAA